AUGGAUGACGCGCUGUCGCAGAUUAGCCAGGCGUUCCGGCUCGCCGGCGAGCUCAUGGGUGAGCUCCAGGCCAGCCAGAACGGCCCGGCCUACAUCGCCGCACGCUGCCACGACAUUGUCCAUGCCUACAACAGAGCCAUCCGCAUGUUGCAGCACUACGGCGUGGGCGAGGUGGCCGCAGCCGCGCCGCUGGACAUCCUGCGCCCGUGCAGCACGGAUGAAGCCGGCGCCAGCCAGUUUCUCGGAGAGACUCCGGCGCAUUUGGCCCACCGGAAGGAGCCAUUCCACAUGCCGGCCGGCGUGUUCGGUGCGCGAGUGGCGCCACAGCACACGAUGUGCGCGGGCGCGGGCGUCGGCACGUCCGGUGGCCCGAUGAGGAGGCUGCCGUCGUCCAGGUCUCCGCCAGCGGUCCAGCCACGGCAGGGCAGGAGGAGGAGGGAAAGCGGGAAGAGGGAGACGGUGUUGGUACCUGCACAGCGGACGGGCAACACCGAACUGCCACCAGACGACGGGUACACGUGGCGCAAGUACGGCCAAAAAGACAUUCUCGGCUCUAAGUACCCAAGGAGCUACUAUAGGUGCACUCAUAAGAACUACUAUGGUUGUGACGCGAAGAAGAAGGUGCAACGCUUGGACGACAACCCCUUCAUGUACGAGGUGACAUACUGUGGCGACCAUAGCUGCCUCACUUCCACCACCCCGCUACUCAUCCUCCCCACAGCUAGCACCACAACAUCUGCUGCCAACUCUCCGACUGCCGCAACAGGCUCCGGCCUCCCCACCAGAGACCUCCCCAUGGAAGCGGCCAAGCAGACGCACUCGGCCACGCCAGUCAAGCUCGGCAUUAGUUGGAUGCCGGCAAGCUUCCAAGGCAUUUUGGCAGGCUCUGUCACUGGCAUGGGGACCAUCGCCAACAUGAAGAUGAACGUGUCCACGACACCAAGGGACACGGAUUACCCGACGCUGGACCUCGCGGACGUCAUGUUCAACUUCAGCAGCAGCAUGGACGACAUCUUCUCUUCUUAUGAUCGACAUGAUACAUAG